CAGAUGGACUAUAAAUGAGAAUUCUUUCACAAAUUAAUGUUAGCCACUGUUUCGAGUCUAAUAAAACAGAUAGCACCUUUCUGGUUGUGAAGAGAUCGGAAAACCAUGUUUAAAUAUCAGUUUAUUUUUGCUUGCAUGUGUUGGGUUGGUGUUCUCGCUUCUAGAGAUGACGUAUAUGAUCGUUUACUUGCUAGACUGACGGGAAUCAGUAAUAGGAGACAGCAGUCACAAAAAGAAGAACGCGCUAUGCAUUUGGUUGGGAAGCCAUCGAAUAUAAAUUAUCGUCGGACCAACAGCAACUACAAGAGAUCUAACGGGACUCCCUUAGAUUUUUCAAUAGAUGAAAUUUUAUCUCUCCACAAUACUGCCCGUCAAGAAGUUUCACCCCCUGCUAAAACACCUCUGCCGGACUUGAUAUGGGACACUGAGUUGGCCAACAAGGCGGAGGAAUGGGCAAAUGGCUGUAUUUGGGGACAUAAUCCAAACAAAACCACAUCACUAGGCAGCGCAGGAGAAAAUAUGGCACUAACAUCUGGAGUGCUACAAGGCUUUAACAACUGGAAAGAAGAGAUAAAAGACUGGACAUAUGGCAACUAUCGUGAUGGCUGUACGACGGGUAAAACAUGUGGACAUUACACUCAGAUCAUAUGGGCGGAGACAACAAAGAUAGGGUGUGCCUAUGUAAAGUGUGACAGUUAUGUUAACCUGGAUCCAAAGUAUAACCAGUAUAAUUUAAAACUCCUCGUCUGUGACUAUUUUGAACAUGGUAACAUGAGAAUUAACGGCAUUUAUCAAAAGCCGUAUGAAAUUUGACAGCUGGAAAUGAAAUGAGGUUUACUGAUGACGAUUACUGCAGAAUACACUACAGAUCAUGUAGACAUAUUAUAUAAUUUUUUUAUGAUAUAGCUUAUUCGAACUUUCUUUGCUCUCUACUUUUUUCCUAACCGGAUAGUCGAAAUAUGCCUUGAGAUUUUAUUUUAUCAUUUAGUGUUCAUCAUCCAAUGAAAACUAUUUAAAAAAAAAUGGAUUAAUAUCUAGUGUAUAGUAACAGCAUGAUAGUAGCUGCCGUUAAUACAAUAUAUCACAAAAGCUUAGCAGCAACAUUUU